AUGUCUGCUCCGCUGGCCUUCCUCAUAGACGACGACGACUUUGACCUAGCCGCAGACGAUGUAUGGACUGCCGAUGACUUCGACGCCUCGGGUGAGAGCUCGCCGCGUUGUGAGGGCUCCCCUCCUCGCGACUUACCCGUUGCCAGCGACGUUACCUGGGGUGAAGGCCAUGCGGCGCUGCGUCCCCAUACCCAGAUCCAUCGGCGAUGCGGCACGUGUCAGAUGCCGUUUCGCCAAUAUGACCGCAUGCUAGCCAUCACGCGGAGAGGAGGCCGUCUCCAGGUAUACGAUGCCCAAACGGCCACGGCGCGGCCCUUUGCCAAGCAGUGGUACAAGGUCAAGGCCACCUUUUGCAAGCUCCCCGGCUGCAGCACCUGCCAGAUGAGCCACGAGAGUGCCACAGUCCACGUCGACUGCUUCAAGCUCUUUGUCAAGGAGUGCACCGCCCCGGACAAGAUCCACCGCCUCUGGCUGGCCUCGAUCGUCAUGGAUCCAUGGCUGCAGUGUCGCGACACGGCCUUGCCGUACAAUUUCCAGGAGCGCAUGUCCAGCGAGGACGCCGCCCGCGCCUGGGGGAUGCCCCUGGCUGCACGCUUGCCACCUGAGAUUUGCCUCGUCAUCCUCGGCAAGACGCGUGAUACCCUCUUCACCAAGUACAUUGCCGUCAUGAGCCGCGCGAGAGAGCUGUCCGAGGCGGCGUCGCCGAGCCAGCCGCCCGUUUCUAUGAGCCUCAACGACAUUCGGUAUUGGUCCCGGGGCAUGGCGUGGCCGAUGCAGAUGGAGGAGCAGACAGAGGAUGAGCUCAUCCGGAUCACAAUUGAUUCCAGUGGUAUUCAGCGGAUCGAGCGCCUCGACAAGAUUGGCGAUCCAAUGCACUCGACCCAUCUUCGCAAGCUCUUUGUGGUGGAGGAAUCAUACAAGCUUGAACUAGUCAAGGCAUCGCUUUUUGGUGGCCACUGUCGUCUCACCGUACCCGAUCAUGUCAACCUAAUUUUAUGGGACAAUCCCAUGCCGCUCAAACUAUACGCUUCACUGCGUCUUCCCCAAGAUCACGAGUUCCGCAGGUUUUCCUCAAUAGACACGGCCAAUUGCUUUGGCCUCACAUUCUUCUUUCACGUUGGCCACAUCGUUGCAGUGCAUCCUCAUUUAAAAACAUCCUGGGAUCGAGAUGCACGACGUACAUUCGAAACUCUCCCUCUGAUGCACCAAAAGGCCGUACUCUGGAUAUAUGUUCCUUUCCCUGCAGGGGAGGAACUCAGAGGAUACUGCUUGCGAAAUCGCAAGACUAAAGAAGAUGAUCAAGACAUUGGUCCUUGUCUCGCUCUCUACAUGAGGCAGCAAGGCAUCAUUGAAAUUGGCUACAGAUACCCUCUGGCCGAGGAAUACACCAUAUGCCGCACCAAGAAUAGGCCGUUUUUGAUCCACAAUAUACGUACCGGAUAUCUACGCCCCCAUCCGCAGAUGAUUGAACAGGAGCAACUUUCUGGUGUCGCGGUUGGGGCCACCUAUCCUGGCCACUUUCAGCGUAAGACGGCUGAGCCAUCUGCUCAAGGGCGGAUGGACAGGCUCCUCCGUCCUCUUCGGUACGAGGUUUACUCCACAGCUCGCCUUGAAAUGGUCCGACUUGCAGUGGUAUAUAAUGACCCAUUGACGCACUGUUGCAGAGGCAUCAUGUUCUACUACGACUGCGGCAAAAGGCGAGCAGUGGGGGAAUGCCGCAUUGGUGUCGACGUCGCAAGAAGCUGUGCAAAUCCUACCCACUUCAUGUACGCAGAAAAGGAAUACAUUCUUCCAGACUCUCGCACUCGCUAUGAGGGGACGGUGCUUGAAAUGGUCGAUGAUGUGAAUCGGGCCUAUGCGCGCAACCCCGUCAUCAACUCCAUCUCUGCCGCAUGGAGACCGGCGGCCAUGUCUGGACGGCUCGAGUUUCGAUUUGCAUUUGGGUCCACAAACAUUCGCGUCUACAGGGAGUAG